AUUUGGCUGCUAGAAUCCGCUCGGUGAACGCAGCAUGGCUGCGUCCGUGGAAGAUGUGGUCCCAAGACAGUUAUUGAGCAAACCCAAUCUUAGUUCAAAACAUAAUGUGGCUUAUUUGCAGCCUGAUGACGUGAAAGACUUUAAUUUAAUCAUAGAUAAUAUUAUUGGUAAAAAGAAACCGCGGACGAGUGUAAUGAUUCCAUUAGGAAUGAUCCCCCAAAUGCCAAAAUCAAAACAGGAGAUUAUGAUUGCGGGUGCUUUUGAAAGCUGCACAUUCAAAUCAAUUGCAAGUUGUGUUUUAGGUUUUGCUAUUGGUGGGGUAUUUGGUCUGUUCACAGCAGGGAUUGACCCAAUGUCUACGAUAACAACAGAGACGCCCACGACAAGAAUAGUUUUGAAAGAGAUGAAAGCUCGCGCUAUGUCAUAUGGAAAGAACUUUGCUAUUGUUGGAUGUAUGUUUGCUGGAACUGAAUGUCUGUUAGAAUCGUAUCGUGGGAAGAGUGAGCUGUUAAAUGGAACACUGUCAGGAGGAAUUGUUGGAGGAGCACUUGGUUUACGAGCUGGAGUGAAAGCUGGCAUCCUCGGUGCAGCGGGAUUUGCAUUGUUCUCCACUGCCAUCGAUUACUACAUGAGGCACUAACCAAGGCUACAGUACCAGACACUCCUAGAAUCACCACCAAGAUGUGCAUUGGAUGGAGUGUUUGUGUACUUGACUACAUUUUUGUUGUGUGUGUGAGUGGGUGUGCAGAAGAGAUUCAUCUAUACCAGAACAAACUAUUUCAGUAGUGGCACUAAGAUUGCAUCAGAAGAGGUUCGCAAUGUCAUUGUCCAGAGAGAAUCAAGUGUGAAAUCUUAUGUUAUACAUGUUUGUUAGCACAAAUAAAUAUUUUGAGACUUUUAAAAACCGUAAUUCAGUGCAUUCACACAGAGAUUAACUUGUUAAUGAUAUAGGAUAUUGGUAUUAUCCUGUGAUGGUAAGAAUAGGAAAUUCCAUGAGGCUUGCUGAGUGAAAUUUCUCAUUCGACCUGAACAGGAUAAUGCCGAUAUCCGACGUCAUUAACUAGUUAUUAUUUUUAUCCUGCAGACCAUACAAAUUAAGGGGAAAAGGUAUUAUUUCUGUUAUUUCAGCUACAUUAUAUGAUAAUCUAGAGGUCAAAUCUGUGAUUUUGUAAUGCAGCUAUGCGUGUGACGUCACAUAAGUGAUGUCAAAAGUCAUCUGCUAGUAUACGUUUAUGAUUUUGCUUUAAUCAGUCGUCAUAUCGGCCAAUAGAAACAGUGUUGCAGGAUAAAAUGUAAUUAUAUAUUGUUAAACAAACUGUUCACCGCAUAUUCUGUCAAAAGUCAUAAACAUCUGCAGAAUAUUUGCAAAAAGUACAAAUACUUUGAAUGCAAACUUGACUUUCAUCAUGUCAUAGUUAGUACAUUAACAUUUCAUUUGUCACUAAAAUGAUUUUUUUUUUUUAGAAAAAGAUUAUCUGAACUUAAUUGUAUAUAACUUAAUAAGUAUAUAAACAUUAAACGGUUAAAAUAUAUCCAAUCAAAUAGGCAAACAAAAUUACUGUAGAUCCUGAAAUUAACGCGUCCAGGCCUCCCAGACCUCCAAUAUUUCCUAUAUUUUUCGCAGUGAAAUGUAGCCACCCUGUCAGAAAUUCAGCAGAUACUUUGAAUGUGGGAGAUCUGUAUCAAGUGCCAAUCAAGAUCCUGCUCACCUGAUUAGGUGAGGAGGAUGUAUUACUGAUGCAAUAUGCACCAACUUUCAAAGUAUCCUGGAUAUGGGCAUGGACUGCUGGCAAGCCUUGGUAUAUAAUUGUGGAGGUAGUAGAUGGUAUCUUGUGUACAUAUGCAAGGUAAGAACAUACCAUUAGCAGGGUUAGAUCUUAACAGUAGUCUGGUAGUUUGAGACUACCUGGAAUUAACAGGACUACCUGAAGCUGCAAACAUGUAGUCCUUUGGACCACCUGGAAAUAAAAACAUUAUUUAGCACAGAUGUAACAUUUUGUGGAUCUCCUGACCUAUUUCAAACAGCAGAAACAGAGGCUUGUUCAGAAAACAGUUAUAUUGAGUAUAACUUUACUGGACCCCAUCAUAUCACAUUCAUGUACAGUACACAAAAAUUAUUUUGGUCAGAACUGUUGCUGCAUCCGGUCUAAAAUAAACGUGCACGAGUUACACAUUUUGUAGUUGAUGCAGUCUUCCGCUAAAAUACAAUCAUCUUGAAUUCGAAACAUAACCGCUGGAUUCCUCACACAUUUUCAUAGAAUGGUAGUUUAAUUUACCAACGUUACGUCAUAAUGAAAGAACUGUGAAAUUGACCCUUCUCAGCAAAACAAUAAUAAUAUAUCCAUUGGCAGUUGUUGCAGGUUUUUCGUAAAAUGGUACAUGCGUUAUCAGAGUUAAAUUUAGGCAAGGUGUGCCGAUAGAUAUGCCAAUACAGAAAUUAUCGAUACGGUGCAUAUUAAUUUCCACUGAGUUGCAAAAAUGCCAUCCUCCCCCACCAUUUUAAUGCAAAACUGCUUGCAUGUUUCAAUCAACUAUUCAUCUCAGGUUACAUCAUUUAAUAAUAUUUAUUAUGUUCAAUCUAUUAUCUAACAUUAAACAAAUGUUUUGAUUGAAACAAUUAUAAUAGUUCUACAUAUAUCUACAGUCAGGUUAUUAAUAAUGGAUCACAAUGAAUAAGAGAUUGUUUGAGAUAAAACAAAUAGUUUAAAAAUAUGGACCACCUGAAACUUCAAGGGACUAUCUGAAAUGAAAGCCAGUUAGUCCUGUUAACCCUGAUUAGUAAUGUAAAUGUCUUUAGAAAUCCAUGUAAAAUGCCUAUAAUCAUGAUAAUCGGUCCUAUAAAACUCAUAUUUUGGUAUGCAAAUUCCUAUAUUUCCUAUGUUUUAAUAUGUACAAGUGGCUGGGAGGCCUGCACGUCCCUAAAUUAAUGCGAGUGACGGUGGGCAGACUGAAAUUAAUGCGAAUGGCCUCCCUUUGAAAUAUUACUUUCCUAAUAACACAAGUACUUUUUGGUUAAAUUUGAGUUACAGGCGUCUUCAAUGAGAUCAACUCACUAAAAUGCCAGUGUACACAUCAAGUCACCUGUUCCUCAUAUGCCGCUGUGUAACGGCCUGAGCAUAAUAAAGUUCUGUUCUGUUCUGUUUAGUCCCUUUCAUUUACCUAAUGUGUAUAGUUACCUAAAUCUGGCUAAACAUUAUCAUACAUGUACCAUUACAACUGUAUCUUCCUAAGAUAUGCAGAGAAAGUUGCAGCAAACUAUAACCGUAAAAACAAAGACUUUUGUCUGACUAUUGGACAGUUAGUCUGUUUUGCCUACGAUGAAAUGUGCUCCAGUUUUAUAAAUGUAUUAGAAUGUUAA